AACCCAGCCGAGAUCAGCGGGCUGUUCGCCCGGGCGCUGACGGAGGACAGGGAGAGGCUCGCGCGCCUGUACCAGCACGUCCACUUCGCCAUCCCGCGCGCGGGCGCGGACCGUCGGGCGGAGGAGGACAACGCGUCCGUCUUCCUGCGCGAACUGAG